AUGAACUACAGCCGCGCCAUCAAGCUUUUGUAUCGUGUUGAGAACCCCGAAGUGGUUCAGAUGUUCGGUGGCAACUCUGACAAGCUCGAGCGUGAGCUUGAGCGCAUGGCGCGCCGCAAGUUCAAAAUCAUCGUCUCCAUGCAGCGUUACGCAAAGUUCAAGAAGGAGGAGAUGGAGAAUACUGAAUUCCUCCUCCGCGCCUACCCUGACCUGCAAAUUGCUUACCUGGACGAAGAAUUGCCCGUUGCGGAGGGUGAAGAGCCCCGCCUCUACUCCGCUUUGAUUGACGGACAUUCCGAAAUCAUGGAGAAUGGCAUGAGAAGACCCAAGUUCCGUAUUCAGCUUUCUGGCAACCCUGUCCUCGGAGACGGCAAAUCAGACAACCAGAACCACUCCAUCAUCUUCUAUCGCGGCGAAUACAUCCAGCUGAUUGACGCCAACCAAGACAACUACCUUGAGGAGUGUCUCAAGAUUCGCAGCGUCCUAGCCGAAUUCGAGGAGAUGAAGACCGAUACGGCCUCGCCCUACACCCCUGGCGUCAAGAGCAAAGCAUUCUCUCCUGUUGCUAUCCUGGGCGCUCGCGAGUAUAUUUUCUCAGAGAACAUCGGCAUCCUUGGUGAUGUUGCCGCUGGCAAGGAGCAGACGUUCGGCACGCUAUUUGCACGUACUUUGGCUGAAAUUGGUGGCAAGCUACACUAUGGGCACCCCGAUUUCCUCAAUGGUAUCUUCAUGACCACCCGAGGUGGAGUUUCCAAAGCUCAGAAGGGUCUACAUCUGAACGAGGAUAUCUACGCUGGUAUGCAAGCUGUCAUUCGUGGUGGUCGUAUCAAACACUGCGAAUACUACCAGUGCGGCAAGGGUCGUGAUCUGGGUUUCGGAUCGAUUCUGAACUUCGUCACCAAGAUCGGUACCGGUAUGGGAGAACAAAUGCUUUCGCGAGAGUAUUAUUAUCUUGGUACACAACUCCCUCUUGACAGGUUCUUGUCCUUCUACUACGCCCACGCUGGAUUUCACAUCAACAACAUGUUCAUCAUGUUGUCCAUUCAGAUGUUCAUGAUCUGCCUGCUCAACUUGGGCGCCCUUCGCCACGAAACCAUUCCCUGCAAUUACAACCGAAACGUUCCUCCCACCGACGCUCUUUUUCCUACUGGCUGCGCCAACACGGACGCGAUUCAGGACUGGGUCUACCGCAGUAUUUUGUCGAUUAUUUUCGUCAUUUUCUUGUCUUUUGUCCCCCUAUUCGUGCAAGAGCUUACGGAACGAGGAUUUUGGAGGGCUGCCAAACGUCUGUCAAAGCAAAUUUGCUCGCUCUCGCCGUUCUUCGAGGUCUUCGUUUGCCAAAUUUACGCCAAUUCGGUCCAACAAGAUCUGUCGUUUGGCGGCGCUCGGGUACAUCGGUACUGGUCGUGGGUUUGCCACCGCUCGCAUUCCAUUUGGUGUUCUCUAUUCCCGCUUCGCCGGCCCUUCCAUCUACUUUGGCUCUCGACUCCUCAUGAUGCUCCUAUUCGCCACGGUCACCAUCUGGCAGGCGGCUUUGACCUAUUUCUGGAUCACCCUGAUGGCGUUGGUCAUCUCUCCCUUCCUCUAUAACCCUCACCAGUUCGCUUGGAGCGAUUUCUUCAUCGACUAUCGCGACUUCCUCCGCUGGCUCUCGCGCGGUAAUUCACGGUCUCACGCAUCCUCGUGGAUUGCUUUCUGCCGACUUUCCAGGACGCGCGUUACUGGUUAUAAGCGCAAGGCACUCGGCGACCCAUCCGGCAAAAUGUCCGCCGAUGUGCCUCGCGCCGCAAUCGCGAACCUCUUCUGGGGCGAAAUUGCCUGGCCGUUCGUCCUGGUUCUUGUG